AUGAAGCAAGUUAAAUUCGUCCCACACCAAUCUCAAUGGACCGAUGAAGAGUUUCAAGCUAUGGUUGAAGGUGUUGAGAACGACAUAGACGGCGAACUUGAAGGAGCUCAAACCACAAUUGCAACCAAAAUUGCACAAGUCAAGGAACAGAUAGCUCCACUUAAAGCUACCAAAGCUACUCUUGACCUCAUGGAUAGUUACCGUUUAGAUGUCAAGAGUGGAAUAAGACAUUUAAAAUUAAAACUUCUAAACUACGAAGCUAUACUCCAAAAGUUAGCAGAAAUGAGAAGACUUUACCAGAGCUACUUACAUGUAAGGGACUUACCUUCAAGCAGUCCGACCAAAGAUGAAUUUUCUGACAUUGUCCCAAUUUUGUCCGAAAGUCAGCUCAGAUGUUUUGAACUGCUCCCAACAUAUCCGGAAUAUGAACGUUUGCCUGAACUCUUCCGCAAUCUCAAAAAACGUUUUUUGGUUCUCAUGUUCGAAACUUUUAUCGGAAGAGACAACAACACAGGAAAUAAACUUCUUCGUAUAUGUUUUGUCGAGACUUCUUCGUCAAUGAGUGUAAAUGACCCAAAAUAUAUUUUAGGGUAG